AUGGAUGGCACAAGAAAGAAACUCAUGGUGGACGACAGUCAGUCCGUAGCGGAGCUGAUGCGCCUGAUCUGUGCUAAAAUGGGUAUUUACAAUCAUGACGAGUACUCACUGGUCCGCGAGAGGGAGGAGACAGAUAGAGAUCGGGGUCUGACUCUACGCAGGACCACCGUUGGGACGGGAACUGUGGGUCGAGAUCAGGAAAAGAUGGAGAAGCUAAAGCGCAAACUUCAUACUGAUGAUGACAUGGACUGGUUAAAUCCAUCCCAAAGCCUUCGGCAACAAGGUAUCGAAGAGGACGAUAUAUUGCUUCUCAAACGUCGGUAUUUCUUCUCGGACAUGAAUGUUGACGCUCGUGAUCCGGUGCAACUCAAUCUACUUUAUGUUCAGCUCAAAGAUGCCAUUCUGAAAGGCACACACCCCGUUUCACUUGAGGAAGCGGUCCACCUGGCGGCCAUUCAGUGUCAAGUUCAGUUCGGGGAUUAUGUUGCAGAAAGAUUUCGACUUAACUUCUUGGACUUAAAGGACUUUUUGCCUAAAGAAUAUGCAAGGAUUCGUAGUUUGGAGAAGAAAAUCUUUCAACAACACGCCGAAUUUGCAGGGCUUUCGGAGAUUGAAGCCAAAGUGAAAUACUGUCAGUUCUGCAGGUCGCUAAAAACUUAUGGCAUAACCUUUUUCCUUGUUAAGGAGCGUAUCAAAGGCAAAAAUAAACUGAUUCCUCGCCUGCUCGGUGUCACCAAAGACAGUGUGAUUCGUUUGGAUGAAAAGACAAAGGAAGUGCUAAAAAUCUGGCCUCUGACAUCUAUUUCUCGUUGGGCGGCCUCUCUGCACGCUUUUACUAUGGAUUUUGGUGAGUAUUCACCGGAUGAUUGCUACACUGCGCAGACCUCAGAAGGCGAGCAGAUCUCACAGUUAAUUGGGGGCUACGUUGACAUCAUCACAAAAAAGCAGAAAGCCAAAGAUCACCCGGGCUUGCAAGGGGACGAAGAAUCCGCUAUGUAUGAGGAAAACGUACGUGCCGAGAGAGCUACCAUUAUCCAACACCAGCACUUACCUUCAAGUCGUGCCCGAGGGAAGGAUGCUCUCCUCAACGGAGUUGCAGAUGGAGUUGUGCUCGACGGAACUGAAGAUUUAAUACACAUGACCUCGGGCGUGACGCAAACCAAUGGGUGGUCCCAGCACCGCCUGGUGGCCGAUACAUCGGAAAUCAUUGACAGUGGACCUAUGAAUACCGCUAUGGCACGUGUUGGACGUCAAGUUUCUCCGGAUGACUUCAUGAUUGGCGGUACACACAUUUUCCACUACCAAAAAAUGAGUCCCGCUCAACGUUCUCUGCUUCACACUAUCAACGAAGACAUGGAAACUCUUCAAGCAGCGAAGGAACAGUUGAAUCUUGAGUCAACGGAAGACCGCAGUUUAUUGGGAGUCGGCUCGGAUGAGGCUUCCAAACGUUGGCUCAGCGAGUCGAUCGGAGCCAGUCAAGCGAAAGUGACGGACGAAAUGGGUGCCAUGAAUACCGCUGUUGCCCAGGCUCUCCGUUCAGCAAAUCGAGCUGAAACAUUUGAGUCCGGUACAUCCGGACAGUCUGCACUUGGUCUAAGUGCCGACCCUGGGGAUGACCUCAUGAUGAUGCAGCAGUCUUUCCGUGUGGUGACCAUUCACUUUCCUGCCUUCGUCGACGACGUCAAACGGGUGGCGUUUCUUCGCCGGGAGGCGGAUGCCGUGCGGGCCGAUCGGACUGGAGAACCAGUUGUCAGAGAAUGUGCAGCAGAGUCGACUCAGAAUCUGUUAUCCGCAGCUCGCAAUGUAGCGGACGCAUUUACCAAUCUGUUGGACUCUGCUCGACCGCUGGCGACUGGACAAACCCGUGAAGAAAUUGUUGAUAGUAUGGACAACGGAACAGCUCCCUCUUCGGUCGCUGUCACGACAGCAGUGGGGCCCGUGUCAAGCGCCUCACGGAAGGCGAUCAUUGAGGCAGCCAGCCGAGUGGGUGAGGCAAGCAACGACCUUCUGUGCCACGUGAUGCACGGUGCCGGAGAUGAGGAUCAAGAUAGCACUUUGCUCGUUUUGACUGAAGAAGAACGACUAUUCAAGGAUCAGCUACUUGGGCUUGCGAAAGCCGUAGCUAAUACAACGGCAGGCUUGGUAGUGAAGGCAAAAAAUCUCGCAACACAGCCUGCACUGGAUCCAGAAGCGCAACAACGCGUAAUCGCUGCGGCCACACAAACAGGACUUUGCACUAGUCAGCUGGUCGCUUGUACGAAGGUUCUCGCGCCUACUAUCCAUCAACCAUCGUGUCAGCAACAGUUGUGCGAAGCUGCUCGGGAAGUCUCUUGGGCAGUUGACGGUAUAGUUCAAGCCUCGAGAGCUGCCGGUCUUACUGCUUCGGAGCAAUCGGCUCACAUACAACAGCAAGAUGUUCAGGACGCUAUAUUGGAUACAGAGACAGCUGCUACUGAGGUCCGGGAUGCAUUGGAUCAACUAAACGCCCACUUGCUGAAGGCUUCUCCCAAGGCAUAUUCAGGUGAUGCUUUGGACAACUUCCAACUCGCAUACGAUAGCCUGCAACAGUGCCACAAUCAAGAUGGUCAGCGUAUGGUAGCGUCUGCUCGUCGUCUUGCGCAGGCCACCGCGCAAACGAUUGCCGAUAUUAAAGCUCAAGCCGAGCUGGCCACCGAUGAUCCGGAUCGCCAGAAUCGUCUUUUCUCUGCUGCCAAACAGUUGGCGGAUGCCACCACUGUGUUGAUCGGGGCUGCCAAGGCAUGUUCUGCUAAUCCGGACAACUCGGCGCUACAAGGGGAUCUUCGUGUAGCUGCAGAAAAUCUGAACUCGGUCGCCUACUCAGCUACCGCCGAACUGAUGCACUCUCGCCUCAUUCGUAGUCUGCAGACGUCAGCAAGGGCGGCUGUCACCGGAGCCACUCAGUUGGUGAAUGUUAGCCAAGUUGCCGCAAAGCAGUGCCGCGGAAACAGUUACCAUGUCACGAUGGAUGGCAAAAUUCUGAACGACCUCAUCCCCCGGACUGUGAUUAGCAUCAGAGAGUCACGUGUGUAUCCAGACGAUCCAAUGACUCAAAUGGCACUCAUCGAAGCCUGUGAGAGAUUCGUUUCGCCUUGUGAGGCAUUGGUCCGCUCAAGUCGUUCGAUCGCACCCACAGUUACUGAUCCUACGACUCAAGCCGCCUUGGAGAAUACCACGGCCCGCCUAUCCUCGGACGUGGAGGUGCUGCGUUUAUGUUUGGCUCGAUUGGCCCCGCUUUUACGUCACCUUCAGUUUGAAGGGGCUCUCGCCCGACUUUCUAACCUAUCUUCAAAGGCUACCGUGAUUGAGACGAGCUUGAGACGGGGCACUUUGGUUCCUUUGCCGGAUGAAAAGGUUGAGGAUUGUUUCAAUCUUCUAAACACAAGUGUUCAUGACGCCACGGUAUCUGCCAACGAGUUGCAAUCGAUGAUCAGUGGGUUAGUACGGAUGGACUCGGACAUGGGCGGUAGUUUUGAUGCCUGCGGCAUGUCAGCCGUCUCGUUGGCCUCGGCAAUGGCAGGCUUGGUGCAAGCCACUCGGGGAAUCGUGGCUCAUGAAGGCACCACCAGAACAACAACUGACGAUCGUACAACUGCUUUCAUACCAGUGGUGGAAUCCACACGCCUGGCUGUUACACAGGAUACUCGUGAAGCUGUUCAACUGGCCUACGAAUUGGUUAAGGCGGCGAGUGACUCUCGAUCAGCAUGUGACUCUGAUCCAUCUCUUAGUUUGCCUACCGUCCUCAGCCACAGUGAACAAUUACAUGCGCAACUUUUAGAUGCUUUGAGUCGAUGUCUGCGCGGCCUACCCGGACAUCGUGAAAUCGGCGAGGCUACGCAUCUGAUAGGGGAACGGCGAGAACGGUUGGUUCAGCUGUCCCAUUCAGCUCCCACACGAACAGUGCAAUGGGUGGAACCUGAAAUGUACGAGCAAACGCAGUCGGAUCUAACGCGCGGCGCUGUUGAGUUCAAUCAAGCCACUGGUGACCUUAUGUCUUCCUACUCUCCCGGAGCAUUCCGCCGCACGACGAAACGCUUCACUGGCGCCUACGAUUAUCUCACUGAGAAAGGUAUUGAGCUGUCAGAAAUUGCACCCAUUCCCCCCGAUAAUCAUCGGCCGGAGUUCACUCCUGUCAAUCAGGGUCUGUUGGACGGUCUCGUCGAAGUAUCGGACCAGAGUAACGCAUUGAUGACCGAGGCUGGUCGGGUCUGUGCUCAUCCUGAGCAGCAAAGUACUCGUGAUCGGUUCCAGAUGGCUGCACGUGAUGUAACCGAAAGCAUCAGUCAGCUGCUCACAUUCUGCACAUCUGCCGUCACUCCCGAACAAAGAGAGUGUGAACUCGCUUUCAAGCGACUUGAUGCCUUGCGUCCUCUUUUGGAGAACCCAAAUCGACCUCUCAGUUCCCAAACCUACUGCGAAUGCGUGGAUGAGGUGGCCAAAAGUCUGUCGCCGCUUGCUGACAGUCUUCGCGGAAUGUCUAAUGCUGCCAAGGAGAAGUAUGGCCAGGAGUUCGGAAUUUCUGUGCGCCAAUUCGCAACUUCCAUGUGUCGAUUAAUUGAGGAAACAGCUCAGGCUGCCUACCUGAUUGGAUUGGCUGAUCCUCGGUCUGAACCUGGUCGUUCUUCAAUAAUCGACACUCAGCUGCUCUUGCGCACCCAGAACGACAUACAGCAGGCUUGCAACGGCAUCUGUGAUCCUUCAGUCAAUAGUCGUCAGAUUGUGGCCCUAUCCACGGAAAUGGCUCGCAGUGCAAAAGUGUUGUGUGAGGCAUGUAGUACUGUCUCUACUCAAACGACCAAUCCUGAAGCCCGACAAAAAUUGAAUGCCCUCACUCGAGAAACCAUGCAGGCAAUCACCGCUCUCAUCCAACAUCGUGGAAGCGUUGCUCCAAACGGCGAAUGGGCUGAGGCUAGUCGUCAAACCACUCUGGCCAACGCUCAGACAGUUUCUUCUUCCGUAGGCCGCUUGGUUCACUUGGUCACCCAGAGUCCACAAUUUGCCGGUCAGGUGGCGCGAAUCACGGAUGAAGCCAAGGAGGCUCAGCGACCAGUCUGUUCCGCUGGUUUGACUGGCCUUAACGCAGCACAAACUGUGCUGCGCGCUGCUCAAACAUUAAAUACAAGUGGUCGCUCGGGACGCUCGGAGUCCGCAUUCUUCACUUUUUCCUCUGCCAGCAAGGAACUUUCCGAAAGCAUCAAGGCCUUGGCUGCCGCAAUGAGGAGCCACGCACCAGGACAGCGUGAAUGUCAACAUGUUCUGGACACUGUUGCCCAAUUGAUGCAGGAUAUUCAGCGUGCCAAAAUGGCCAGUAUCGAGGAUCGUUUUCAACCCCAUCGAGAGUUAAGCGAAGAAGGCUUCCAAAAGCAACUGGCGGCUAGUGCUCGAGCUCUUUUGGACUCCGCUCCCACACUGGGGCGGGCUGCGCGGUCCGAGGCAGAGCAGUUGGCUCAUGCAGCUCGGGUGAUCGACUCCUACCUCCCGGGUUUGACUUCAAGCGCGAUUGCAGCGGCCUCACGAUCCUCUCUACCAAGCACUCAAUUGGUCUAUCUGGAGCACACGAGUGCCGUGCUGGAAGCAGUCGAUCAGCUGAUUACCGUGGCCAAAGACGCGGGUGGAAACCCAAGGGCCGUGCACGUCCAUAGUGCGCUUGAUGAGGCAGUUCGAAGCUUAAUGGAUUCAUGCGAGGAUUUGUUAACUGCCUUGGAUGAUAUCGCUUCACGUCAGGGUCAUGUGAGCACACUCAUGGACACACUGAAUCGCUCAAUGUCUCGGACAGAUGAUGUUGUUCAGGUGCCUGAUGAUGCUCGGUUUUCUGAUUACCACUCUCGAUUGAUACGCAUCGCUCGCCACAUGGAACAACUCAACCAGGUUAUUCAACUCCGUGCCCGCCAACAGUUGUCGGAAGGCGAAUUAACUCCAUUGGCACAUUCUCUUACGCAGGAAUUUCAAGAGAUGUGCCAGGCAUCUAAGGGGGCCGCGGCCACAAUGCACAACGCUCGCAAAGCCGAUGACCUGCGCGCAGUAGUGAAAGCCGUUGGCACUGCAACAGCGAACUUGAUCCAAGCUACCGCGGCGAGCCGACCAUUCGGUGGGGAGUCUCAGCAAAUGCCGCUCAGUCAGGACCGGGGAGUUGCCGAACUGGACAAACGGGCAGAAUGUCUGAAUGCCAAGCUCCGGGAGUUGCUCGCUUUGCUGGACGUUCUGGGUCCGAAUACACAGGCUUGUCUACAAUCGGCCAACACAGUAAGUGGGAUCAUUGCGGAUUUGGACACAACCAUACUAUUCGCUAGCUCUGGCACACUGCACCCACCAAUUCACGAUGAUGUGGACGCAGUCAUGGGUCCAGAGGGCUAUCGUAUGCCGCGUGCAUUUGCUGGUGCCGGGGAGGCUCUCACACUUCACGCUGCUCGCCUUGAUACGUCAAGUGCGGCCGACUAUUCCUCAGAUGGCUUUGGAACUGUACGUGGGAGCAUCGUUCGCACAGCCAAAGCGUUGGUGGACGACACACAGUCCCUGGUCAGCGGAACUGGUGAAGAUCAAGCGCGUUUGGCCAGCACUGCCCAUGUCGCUGUGGAACGAGUUGCGCAGCUGGCUGACGUAGUGAAGAAAGGUGCUUCCCUCAUCGGCCCCGGUCAACCAGAUACACAGGUGGAACUGCUCCUCGCUUGCCGAGAUGUGGCGUGUGGGGUCCGUGACACACUCCAAUCCACAAGUCAGACAACGGUGGGUGCCCCAACUGAUCCGGUGCAUGAAGAAGUCCGAGCCAACGUACAGACGACCUUAUCCAACAUUGAAGCCCUGUUGAACAAAGUGAAGAAUGUUGAGGACGACGAACGUCGUGGUGUCCAGGCACUAGCAUCAGCAGCCAGGUAUUGCCGCGAACAAGCUACCCAGCUGAACCAACCUCUUGAUCCGGACUCCUUGCUCACUCCUUUGAGUUCCCGCAAGUCUGUUCCUAGCGUAGCCAGUGUGUCCGCAGUGAGUGGAUCAUCCUCACUAAUCGCUCGUUACCUGGCCCCAGAUGAUUUGGCACGAGCUGCUUCCGGGCCGUUGCAAAAUGCCGUCUCGAAAGUGAUUCUUGCCGGCAACACGCAAACGCAGCGCGAUAUGCUGAACGCCGCCGCAACAGCAAGGGAUGUUGUGACGGAUUUGAUUUGUGCCACAAAGGCUUUGCUACGAUAUUCGGAGGCAACGGCGGAGACGAAGACCGCAUGCACUGCAGCCUCGCGAGGAUUGGCCGAGGGAUUUGCUGUGCUUCUCGACGAGCUGUUAGCGGUCAUCCUCCCGGAACGCAAGUCCACCAGUCAUUCGUCUAUUGCCGAUGCUGCCCGACGCGUUGCAGAUCUCUCCCACACUUUGCUCAAUUUGUUGGACAAAUUGCGGGAUGGUCCCCGAUUGGUCAUGUACUUCCGAGCGAGCAGUCCUGAAUGGCGGGAUGUUGCCGAAAAGUUCAUUGGAAGACAUGUUGCAUACCAUCAUCACUACGCCUCAGCCUACACUAUUGCCGGACCUGGUUCGACGCGCUCUGCUUACUUUCGGCCUACCUGUUUCCCUCUGCCCAUUCACCAAAAUGUUCCGGACAGCAGCGGACCUGAGGGAGUCAACGACGAAUCAGAGGCUCGCAUAAGCGCUGCCGUGCAGCAGCUUGAAUCUGCCAUGGUGGAAGACCUUGGAGAAGAUCGCAUGUCACUACUGCGGUUUGCUCACUCAACAGCCUCUGCCACCCUGGGUCUAAUUAGAAUGGUUCGAUCCGUCGGGCUUGCGCCUCCCUCCGAGGCAGCUGAUCGCGUUAGACAGGCCGUCGGCUCAAAUCACAGGAGCACCACGUCCGCUUCGCUCUGGCGUAAUGAACUAGCUGUCUCAAUGGCCACUCAAGAUUUGUGCCAUCUAGCUCAGCUCUAUUCCGAUACUUUACAUGGUGAGCGGUCACGGACCGUUUCCGCGGACUUGUUUGCCACCGCUGCUCGCUUGGAUCCAUCAAGAGAGCAUCUCCUGGGUGCCGUACGUCGGGUAGCUGCAGCGAGCGCGCAGCUCCUCACGUCUGUCAGUACCAGAAAGUUCGCGCGCACCGCUGGUGAUGUUCAAAAUUUGCAGGCUGCUGCGCAAGCCGUUAAAGAGGCUACCGACAAGUUGUCAGCUUACGUGCAACAUGACCAGUUCACAUGGGUUGCCAGUGACCCGCAUCUAACUUCAUCACUCAGUCCCACUCUGCAGAACGUUAUUACUACUCAAACGAUGAUACGAUCACGUCAGUCGGAGUUGGAGGAGUUACAAAAGCAGCUGGCUCAUCUACAUGAGGAGCAAGUGCGGACACAUCCUGAUCUGUUCGGCGAAUUGUAACCAUUUUGACACGACUAAACCCCAAUCCGCUUGUACGCCAAUCCCACUCCACUUACCGCAGCUGGUCUCUCGUGUACAUAACUCCUUUGCUUCCCGUCAUCGAUGUGAUGUGAUUCUAGCACUAUGCAAAAGCGGCCUGAACUCUGAAAUUAUUUGCUGCUUCACACUUUGUGAUCUGUUAGUUUUUUCACGAUAGAUGCUCCUCUGUGUCGCACUUUAUUCUACUCUGUCUUGUCACUUGUUCUCUCCUUCCAAAGUGCCUCACACCCUUCACCCAUUGUCUGCACUUAACUUUGCAAUUGUGGCUCCGCUCUGCGUGCUCAUCGUUACCAGUGGGUUUCUGUUUUAUUUUUUUGGCGUAGCUCUUACUCAUGGGUUCUCAGCAUAUCUCGUCUCUGCUCGCUUUGGACCAUUAUUUGGCCACUAGUUCUCACCCUGUCUCCCAUCAGUGUUUUAAUUGCAGCUCUUGACAGUGUCAUUUACCUGUGCCUUCCAACCAAUAUCAUUUCCGACCUAAUAAUCAAUACUAACGAUUGCAUCCGCUUCGACCU